UUGUUUGUUUGUUUGUUUUUUUUUAAAUACGUACAUAAAAGGCGGUUCCAGGUUCGACCCACUACCAGCUCCUUCGUCGUCCAUACAUAUGUCGUGAACCAUGGAAGUGCCUUCAAUAUGAAGCUUUUCUCUUGCUCAUAGAAAAGCCCUGGCGAUUAUGGCACGUGCUGAAUCAUUCUAUAUGCAUGUUUGGUUUCCGAGAAAUUGACUCGGAGAUUAUUUGUUUUGAACUUCUUUUCUUAUUGAGCUAUCGUUUUAAUAGGAUUUGUUUCUUUGUUCUCUGGUGGAACUUUAGCAAUGGCGGCCGAUGUGCAAGUGAAGCUCGAAACUCCCAAUUCUUGCUGUGCAUCGUUGAAGAACAAGUACUCCAAGCUAGAGGAGAAGCGGAAUGCUCUUCGUCAAGCUGUGAAGCUCUUAGAGCAGCAAAUUGACAAGAUUCAAGCGGAGAGUAGGAAAGCAUGUGAGAAAGAGCGGGCUAGGGCAGAUCUUGAAAAAGAGGGGAAGGAGAAAGAGUCUACUGCUAGGUUGGUUCUGGAGAAUGAAGUGGCGACAUUGAAGUCUGAGAUUGUUUCUCUGAAGCAGGAAGGGGGUAAAGAAAUCGGUAAUGAGAAUGGCGAGGUGAAGCUUCUUCGAGCUCGUGUUUCUGAAGGGGAAAAGGAAAUCAAUAGACUAAAGGAGGUGGUUGAGAAAGAAAGGAAAGAGGCAGAUUCAGUAAGGAAAAAUGCUGAAGUGGAGAAGAAAAAAACUUCUGAAGCACAGAAAAUUGUGGAAGGUGAAAGAAGGAAGGCUGAAAAGGAAAGGAACAUUGCAAAGUUGGAAAAAGAGAAAGCUGAGAAGUAUAGGCUUCAGAUGGAGGCAAUGAGGAAGGAAGCUGAUGAAGUGAAGUCGAAGUUGGUUUCGGAGACAGUAAGAUUGGAAGUGGUAAACAAAAAGCUUGAAGGAGAAAAACAAAAGGUGACCAAGGAGAGAAAACGGGCUGAUUCAGAGAAGGCUAAGGCAGAGGAGCAAAGAAAUCUUGUGGAAGCUAGUCAAAACAAGAUUUUGGAUGGAAAGAUUCAAGCUGAAGGUUUGUCUCGACAAUUGGAAGAGAGUAAAAGAAAGAUUGAUGAAUUGCAGAAAGAGAUACAUGAAGUUAAGUCUUCCAGUAAUUUAUGUAAGGCUUCUGGGGGUCAGCUAGAUGCUACUGUAUAUACUGAAGAUAAGGAUUUAAUGGAAGGAUCCCAUGAAUCAAAGUUUGUGUUGGAGCUUUCUUCAAAGAUUGAGGAGGCAAACAAAAGGUUUCAGUUGGAGAAACAGAAGGCAUUUAGGGAGAAAGAACGGGCUGAUAGGGAGAAGCUGAAUUCAGAACAACAUAAAAAGCUUGCAGAAAUGAAUCGCAUGAAAGCACUGGAAGAAAAGUCUCGUGCUGAUCAGUUAUGCAAGCAGGUACAAGAAGAAAAACAAAAGGUCCUUGAAUUACAAAAACAGAUGCACAAGCUUCGUUCCAGUAGGAAAUCAAAUGAUCCAUCUGCUGUUUCAAUGGCUGAAAGUAAGGAACUGAAAUUUUUGAAGAAGCAACUCAAGUUUCAGAAAAUGAAGAAAAAACAUGCUAAGCAAGUAGUGGAACUGGAAAGAAGCCGUAAUUGUAUCCUGCAACAAGAACUAAGGCACAUAAAGCUGGAUUUUGAUCAGUUCUCAUGUCGCCUAGACAUGCUUCAUAAAUCUUUCUCAGGUAGAAAAGGUGUACACAGCCUAGAGAAGACUGGAAACAUCACAAAGCCACUGAAGUCAGGCUCAGAAUCUUUUCAAAUGUACCUACAAAAUCAAAACGAGCCUCUUAAGACUAGCUUCCCAGCAAUGGAUCCCUCUGGUACUGUCCAGCAAACCUUACCACUCUGUGCACACUUGUCUACUGUGCCUGGGGCAAAUUUUGUUGAACCUAUUGCAGGUAUUGAUUCUAAAUUGGAGUCUCUGCUUGGAGGCUCUACAAGAACAAUGUUAAAGAGUUCUGCUAUAAAUUCCAAUACAACAUCUUUUUCUGAUGGACAAUUGGUCGGCUCACAGGAUAAGAGUGCCUUCUCUGUUACGACGUCAGCAAAAUUGGUUGAAGGGCAUUCACAACCAAUCCUUUCUGACUUGUCAGGUGAAGUUACUAAAAUUAAGUCCGGUGAGAAUCUUGCUGUUGUGGCUGAAAAUAGUGUUAAAAGCUCUGUUAGCAAUGGUGAUGUUGGAGGAGUUCCUGUGCACGGCAAGAAAAGGAAGAGGAUGCUUGAAACGGUUGAAACUAUUGAAAACUUAUACUUCGAGGAGAAGAAGCUGCAUUUACAGUUAGAAGAGAAGUUAUCUGUUUUGCAUGGUAUGAUAAAGAAGAAAAUGGACAAUCCUUCCAGAGGAGGAAAAUCACUACUUCCUAGUUUCAAUGGCAAUUCAUAUGCUAGGCAUGAUAAGCAAAACAAGAAGAGAAAAACAUCUUUUCAAGAUGAAGUGGUAAUGCAGCAUGCUUGUGAUAUUGACGAGCGAAAGAAGAGAGAUGUUGAAACUGAAGUCCAUGGAAAUGCAAGUUUUGGCAAACAAACCUCACUAAUUGGUAUUGAUCAGGUGGCAACCUUUGGAACAAAGGGGGAAGGCAAAAGUGAUUCUGUUAAACGUGAUUUUGAAGCUGUGGUAGGUUUUGAGGACCUAGUUGAUGGUAAUUACAUAAAUAUACUAAACUUGGACUGUGCUGCUGAUGAGGAAUGUUAUAGAUUAGCUAUGGAGAUGCCUCUAUCCCCUACACUUCAUGAGAUUGAUGUAGAGUUUGCUGACACACGUAAUUUGGAUAACACAAUAACGUUAGCUAAUGAAACCUUAUGUGAAGAAUUCUCAAAUGAAGAAAAAAAGAUGUUACCAUCACGUAGACUUGAUACUAUUGAUAUGGAAAUUGGUUUCAAUAAGACAAGUUCUGAUGGCUCUACUACUUCAACUAGUUCCUCAGGGCAUAACAAUGAAAAUCAUGUUAAUACUAUUGGCAUGGUUAGGAAUGAUUGGCAUGCUAGUGAAGUUGGAAAAGCUUCAGGUUGCUUCAGUAGUGACAUUGGUCUGGAGGUGGAAAGUACUAAUCCUACUAUUUUAGAAGAUGAGAAGUCCAAGUCUCAGUUCGGUGGUGAAUCGUGGUGUACUAGCAAAAAUAUUUUAGAACAAUGUGCUGUUUUUUCUAAGAUAGAGGAUCGAAGCAGCUUCUCUAGGAUAAAAUAUGCGAUAAAAACUUGUAUAGGACAAUGCUCUUUGGCUACUCAAACGGAGUGGAUGAUGGGUGAGAUUCUGCUGGCUCUUAAAAUUGAAGAAAAACUUUCAUCCAAGGAGAAGGUUUGCGCUCUCUUUUCUCUGUUGAUGAUUAAUUUUUCUGUGACUGCUUCCGGUAAAUUUGGAAACUUCUUAAAUUGGGCAUCAAUCUCCUGCUUGGAUUCUUUUGCUGGGCAUGUACUUUCAGUGAUGUCUGAUAUGGAAGUUAGAAGGUUGUUUGCAGAACUAGGUUGUUUAGAUGAACUGUUUAGUCUGAUUGAGAACUUUCUCAUGGAUGAGUGUGCUAAGGAGGUGUACAAAGAUCUCUCAUUUGGAUUCCCCGUUGAGUGUGAUUCAAGAGUUAACAUUGGUCUUGAUGGCUCAGAUAGAUCUUUGUUCCUUGUACCAGCAUCAGCAGAACUGUUGGUAGCAGGGAGCAUUAUAUUGGCAUCCAUUUGUGCAGCACUUGAUCGCAUUGGUUUUAUCUGUGAAACAUCUUACAGCAUUUUACGGGCUCACAGACUCAACAAUUCAUUGAAACUAAAUAUUCUUCAUAUAUUUGCAUAUUUGGGUGGAAACCAGUUUUUCAAUUUGAGUGAUUACAGCUUGAUGAUGACUGUAUUGAAAUCUAUAGUUAGGGAUCUUGAGGGCCUAAGUUCAUCAGAUGCUUCUGAUUCUUGUAAUUCACUCGUGAAUGAUACUCGAUUUGCAUUCUGUCCAUGUGUCAAAUGUCCGUUUUCAGGAGAUGCUAUGUCUCUGGAUUCUGUAACAUCUUUCCUUUUAGAAAAGCUCAAGGCUGAUGACAUGUUGGAAAGUAAGUAUAAUACAUCUAACCUCCAAUCAGAUCCAUUCAGCACUGUGGCUUUAUCUAGUCUCAACGAUCUUCUAGCAUUGGUGGAGCUAGUAGCAUACCACACGGGCUGGGAGUGGACUUGUCUUAAAAUAGUGCCUCAGCUGGUAAAAUUGUUGGAAUCACGUGCCCAUAAGAAAUCAACUUCAGUGGUAGUUGUUCUCCUUGGUCAACUUGGGAGGCUUGGUGUGGAGGCUUCUGGAUAUGAAGAUAAAGGAGUUGAUCAAUUAAGGUGUGAUUUGUCCUCAUUCUUCCGCCAUGGCAUCAGCAUUAUGGCAGGUCUACCCAUUCAAGUUGCAACAGUUACUGCCUCAUUAGGCAUUCUCUCGGUAGAUUUUAAGACAAUCAUCGAAACCAAAGAAAAGCUUUCAGGCACUGCAAGUGAGUCUGUCCUGGUUGAUAUGAUCAGGGAAUGGUUCUCUUUACUAAGCAGGAGGCAACAAGAUUUAUCUUUCAGUAUUUUACAGACUAGUGGUGUAAAUAAUUAGUGGUAUACAUUGUGUUGUGAAAAAGCCAUACCUGCUAACACAUCGGUCAGAAUGAUUUGAGUUAAUCAUGGGAACUUCAGUCAAUUUUCACCAUUUGGUAGCUCAUAGAUAUUGAAGAACUUGAGAAAAUUUUAGACAGCUCUGGGGAUUUAAUCUUUUUUUUUUAAUUUCCCAUUUCUCUAGGGAUUUGUAAAUGUUAGACUCUUAAUUACUGAGGAUUGCAUAAAGUGCAGGCGCAACUUGUUUCCCAAUUUUGUAAGUUAGUUCCAGACAGUUUUAAUAUCAGGGGAACAAUUGGUAGA